AUGGAAGUGAACUUGCUGCUGUACUUGAUCUUCACAUGCUUUGUGGGGGGUUAUGCUUUUGUCUUUGGGUUUCUUAGGAAGAUCAAUGAGUGGUUGUAUGUGAGAAAAUUAGGAGAGAAGCAAUAUUAUCUUCCUCCAGGUGACAUGGGAUGGCCUUUUCUUGGGAAAAUGCUGUCAUUCUUGAAAGCUUUCAAGUUCAGAGAUCCCGAUUCGUUCAUCUCAAGCUUCGUCACCAGAUAUGGUGGGAUGGGGAUGUACAGGACCGUAAUGUUUGGAAAGCCAUGCAUCAUCGUUUCCACACCCGAGACUUGCAGACGAGUACUGGCAGAUGAAGUGAAUUUCAAGUUCAGUUACCCUAAAACAACCCAAGAACUGAUAGGGAAGAAAUCAUUCCACAACAUGUCGAAUGCUGAACAUAAACAUUUCCGCCGCUUGACAGCAGCUAAAAUCAAUGGCAGCGAGUCCCUGUCCAUGUACAUCAAGCACAUCGAAGAGAUUAUGAUUGGUUCGCUGGAGGAAUGGACAAAAAUGGACUGUCCGAUCGAGUUCUAUGAGGAAAUGAAGAAGGCCACCUUCAAGGUCAUUCUUCCCAUCUUCCUCGGUUCGGUGACUGAUGAUUCCUUCAUUUCAAGGACCAUAAGUCUGUUUGGUGAAAUCAACAAGGGGUUCAAUACCUUGGCCAUAAAUCUACCCGGUUUCCAAUUCCAUCGUGCAAUCAAGGCUAAGAAAGAACUGGAAAAGAUCAUUAAGGAAGUCGUGGAUACGAGGAAGUCAAUGAAGAAGAACAAUGCAUACAUAGCGAGCAAAAGUAUGCUAGAUUUACUUAUGGAGGCAGAAGAUGAGAACGGUCAAGCAUUAAGCGAGGACAUGAUCAUCGACAUUCUACACAUGUACCUUGUAGCUGGUUUCGACAAUGUCGCAUUGGCUACGUUGUGGAUGGUCCUAUACUUUUCCGAGAGUCCAGAUACCUUGCAGAAAGCGAAGGAGGAGCAAAUUCAGAUACUGAAAAGUAGAGAACCAACGCAAAAAGGUCUAACUUACCAGGAGAUUAAACAGAUGGAGUAUCUGGCUAAGGUGACCGAUGAGAUGCUCCGCAGAGUUAAUUUCGGAUUCUCAUUGUUUCGCGAGGCGAAAGAAGACACCACAAUCAGUGGAUAUCUCAUACCAAAAGGGUGGAAUGUCCUAGUUUUCCUCAGAGGUGUUCAUAUGGAUCCAGCAAAUUACUCAGAACCAGAAGAGUUCAAUCCUUCAAGAUGGGAUAAUUAUAAGAAGAAAGGAGGUGCUUUCAUUCCAUUUGGAGCAGGAAGCAGGUUUUGCCCAGGAAGCGACUUGGUCAAGCUUGAGAUGUCUAUCUUUCUGCACUAUUUUCUCCUUAACUACGAGGUAGAGCGAACUAAUCCUAAGUGCCCUAUCAAUUACUUUCCUUCGCCAAAACCUUCAGAUAAUUUCAUGGCAAAGUUCAAAAGACUCUGUUCAGAUUCUAUGGAUGUAUGAAUAUCGGGCUUUUGGGUUUUUCCUUAAGUGUGGCUUUACUGGCAGCUAAUCGUCAUCUUCCUUUAUGAUCCAUAUGGACAGUGCAUAUGCUGCUUCAUCACAGGUGCAGCUAAGAGUUUAUAUUUCAAUAAAUCAUAAUCGUAGGGGUGUGGAUUGCAUCAGAUGCAUCGGGAUGAAUGUUGCAAUGAUUGAAUAGUUAGAAUUGCUCAGGCAUGUUUUAUCUUUUGGUCAUUCAUAUCAACACUGCAAGUUCAUGCAAUCAGCUGUAUUUUGGAAUCCGUCAGCCUUUUCUCUUGGUGUGUAUUCAUAAUACUUUGAAUCAAGGUAGCACUUGUUCAAUCGGUACAAAUGUGACUCUUUUGCCAACUUAUCCCUCUU